UACAAUUGAUUUGAUACUGAUUCUCACUGACGAUAACGAUUUUUUUUUUUUUUUUUUUAUGGUACAACACAUACAUGACGUGUAUUCAUUGCUCGACGUCAUUCAUUUAUUCACUAUAAUAUUAUACUAUCACACUAUGAUGUAAAGGUUGUGAGACCGUUGUUGUUGUUUUCGGUAUUCAAAUGAUGGAAAGUAGACCGCUUCUAAUGAGAGAAAGUUUAAGGCCUUUAAUGAGAUAAUACGUUGUUGACCAUUUCCACAUACCUUCAGGUUCGUGUAUAUUUGUAUAGCUAAUAAUUCGAGUAGGGUAUUUUCAAUCAUAUAAAUACGGGUUGUAUCAGUAUACCUGUAUACUCGAUAUCACUCGUCUACUACUCGCAAUCGAUAACAAGUACUCUAAGUACGACCGUUGAACGGACAAAUACGAAAAGAACGACGACGACGACGACGACGACGAGCACGACAACGAUAGACUACUACGAAACUGAAGAAUACGAGAGGGAAUCUCCUUCAUUAUUUUUUCACGAAAAAUUGAGAUAAUAUGGAAAGUUUAAAGAAAAGCUUGACGAUGCAGUCGAAUACACGAUUCAUGUCCGUGGGGGACCUGACUAUUAACUUUCCAUACCCGAUCAUACGAAUGGAAAAUCGGGAUACCCAAUAUGGACUGACCGUCCACUGUGUACUAGAGUGUGGUGAAGAUGGCGGACUAAUAGAAGUGUAUCUCCCAAGAUCCAUAAAAAUCGGCGAUGAUGAGGUGAGAGAAUUCAACCGGGGCGGAGAAAAUAGGAUGUUAAAUCUGAUCUUCAAAGGACGGCGUGGACGGUCAUUUAACAUCGGAUUUCAAUAGUUCACUAUA